AUGGCUGAGGGCCAGCAGAGAGAUAAACGUGUGAAAUGUGUAGGAACUAUCAGAAAGUCGUACAGAAGGAACUCACAUCCUUUCUUCUUCUUCUUCUUCUUCCUCCUCUUGGCUGCCGAACUCUCGCCCUCAUCGCCCUCCCCUGGAGAGCGGACAUCUUUCUCUGUUUGCCUCUCCAGCUGUUCUGUCACUUCACCGACUUCUCCAACCUCCCCCUCGGCCUCGUGUGCCCCAGCUGCUGCAAUGUCAAGUCCCGCCGCCACGUGCAUGUCACAGCCUGCAGGGCCACUGAGAAUAAGAAGGUUGAAAGUUUUUCUGGAUAAAAAUCUAGAGGAGGAGAAAGACAAAAGUGCAGAAAAUGGCAAAAAAGGCAGCAAAAAAAGCCCGAAUGGCGACUUCCCGGACACACAAUCACGCGAAGAGGAAUCCACGGAGGAAGGGGACGACCCUUCCACCGCAGACAGCCAGGACCCCCUGUCCUGUCUCAAGCGGGACGCUCCGGAACUGUUGAACCAGCUGGGCCAGUCCAUCGGCAAACACAAGUGGACGCCGGCGCAGCUCGGGGACAUUCUCAACUACACCUGGGCGGAGCUCCGAAGCGCCGAGCCAAAAAACGUGCAGGUGGCGACCAAGCACAAGCCCAAGUCCUCUGCGAGAAUGAAGAAGUUGCAGAAGAAAGAGAAACGAGCAAACGAAGCGAGAGCGUCCAGCGCUCCCAACCAGGCCAGAGACUCCAGCUCCACCCAAGAUCUAGGUUGUUUUGUUUCGCCUUUGACUCUGGCUGGAGAAAGUCCUUCGCUGGAUACGUGUCAAUGGGUGGUGGAGCGGCUGCAGGCCAUCAGAAGUCCACAAAACCCGGAGGCCGCCGAGCAGGAACUAAACAAAUCCCCCAUCUUGCGUCACUACUCGGACGAAGCGGUGGAAGCGGAGGAAAGUAAAGGGGCGACUAAACCCGACGCACAGCCUGACGUCAACAAGGGUCCCGGGGUACCGGAGAGGACCAAGCGGGGCCCUACGCGGAGGAAACUACAUUACAGGAUCAACGACGGAACCUCGUUCAUUUACUACCCAUCAGGCAACAUGGCAGUGUGUCACAGCCACUCCGGUCUGAGCUCCGGAGGCUUCUACAGCAACGUCUUCACCGACAACAAGGCUCCCAUCGUCCUGUGCUCCAUCACCAUGUACGGCCACGGUCACGUCACACACCCUGUCAGUUCCGCCAUCACAGCCGUGUGGGACCAGCUGGGUGGGUUCAUCUGCGACCGCAACGGCAACAUGAAGCAGGAGUGGAGCUGGAAGUUGGACGACGACGUGCAGGAGAAGAUUGUUGUAAAGGUGUCGAAGGGAAUCUCCGUGCAGCUGCACAGCGGCACGUCGGCCGUGCUCUGCUUCAAGUGUGACAAGCAGAAAGUUCUGCUCCCGCUCACUGCUGUCCCUUACCUCGCCAAGGAGCCGGAGGCCGGCCUGUCACUCCUGGAUGGCGAAGGGAUGCCAGGGCGAUGGAGGAAAGAAUGCCUCGUGCUGAGCGAGCUGACGAAAAUCCACCAGAAAGCCCGAGACCUCCAGGACGCUUGGCUGAAAUUUUACCAAGUGGCCACCGGCAUCAAGCGGCGUAAGAAAAAGCGAAAGACCUCGUCCAAGGCGAAGCGGAAAAAGCGUCCGUCCGCGGCGCCUGCGAAGAAAUCCACGGGGAAGAAGAAGCCCGCCGAGCCCAAAGCGGUGGUCAGUGCACAGCCCCAGGCGGCCAAGCCCAAACAGAAGCCCAAACAAAGACUAAAGCCGCGGAUUCGAGAAUCCACUUCGAAGAACGCGAGGGGGCCUGUAAAGCACGUACGGGAGUAUAAAGUCACACAAAUCGGAGCUCUCCGUAUCCAUGGAAACAUCAAACAAGGGUCAGUGAUACUCCCAGGCGUUCCAGAUCCACGCCUGGCCGCCCUGCCUCUGUGCCCGGCCCCGUCCUGCCUCCCCUCCUCUGUGCCCCUCACCGUGUGCCCCCUGCUGCUGAGGGCCGCCCUUCUCAGGGACCCCGGGGAGCCAAAGGAGCCGGCGCCCGUCCGGCGCUGCUGCUGCAGCCCGGCGCUGAUGCCCGUGCUGACGGACGCCGAGUACGACGCCUUCAUCAUGGGCCAGCCCAAGCACAGCCAGCAGAUCCUGGUCGUCUACGUGACGCUGCCCGUCAACUGGGAGGAGCCCGGGGAGAAGGACGCCAUGGCGAGGGACGCCAUGCAGCGGCUGUACCGGCGCAGCAACAGGAACAGGGCGAUGCCGUGCACUCAGUGCCAGAUGGACUCCUUUCGCCUGGUGAGGUACGAAGUGUCAACGGGAGCGCUGGGCUGUCCCAUAGACAACAUCCUGCUGCAGCAUCGCAACAACGUCGCCGCCGGCAUGAUCCUGAUGUACAUCCGAGGAACGCUGAUGUUUUUGGGCUACGUGUCCAGCGGUAGCAGCCUCUCCACCGUGGACCUCCAGAAGCAAAUACUGAGAACCAGAGAGGACUACAGGUGUGGCGUGAGCCUCCCUCCAGACUACAAGUUCAGCAGCGAAAGGCCAAAGGUCACGGCGGCUCCCCCCGACACAAAAAAGGCCGACUGUCCGUCGCCGACGGGGAAGAACGACGUGGCUUUGACUCUGUUGGUGGAGAAGGAGUGUCCGCCUGACACGUGCGUACUGAAGGAGACGAGUUGACAUCACAAGCGGCGUUCUAUCGGUCCCAGCUGUGGGAAUUAUUACCCUUCCCACGCUCAGGAGGAAGAGAUGGUGUUGAUGUGAUGGUCCAGAUAUGAGAUACUCCUUUUCGUUUCACUUUCUGUUCUCGUCCAACCACCCUGAUGACUGAGUGUUACUUCCUCAGCCUUGCAGCAAAUAAUAGAUCAACUCCAUUUGGCAUUUCCUUAAAGGGCUUUAAAAAUAGCAAAUAGGACAUAGAAUUAACAGUUUAAACCCCAAAACUAGUGAAUUUAGGACGUUGUGUAAAUGGUAAAUAAAAACAGAAUACAAUGAUUUGCAAAUCGUUUUCAACUUAUAUUCAAUUGAAUAGAUUGCAAAGACAAGAUAUCUAAUGUUUCAACUGGAAAACUUUAUUUUUUGCAAAUAUUAGCUCAUUUGAAAUUUGAGGCCUGCAACUUGUUUAAAAAAAGCUGGCACAAGUGGCAAAAAAGACAGAAAACGCCCAUCAAACACGUAUUUGGAACAUCCCACAGGUGAACAGGCUAAUUGGGAACAGGUGGGUGCCAUGAUUGGGUAUAAAAGCAGCUUCCGUGAAAUGCUCAGUCGUUCACAAACAAGGACGGGGCGAGGGUCACCACUUUGUCAACAGAUGCGUGAGUAAAUUGUUUUAGGACAACAUUUCCGUCAGUCUACCCCAGAGCAGCUGUGGCUACUGAUGUAGCUUACCACCACCAGGUGUGAAUGAAUGUUAGGUCCCACUUCUCUGUGAGCGCUUCGAGUGUUUAGAAAAGCGCGAUAUAAAUCCUAGUUUUGUUUUGGUUUUUUUCCCAACAAGUUAUUGCAAGGAAUUUAGGGAUUUCACCAUCUACGGUCCGUAAUAUCAUCAAAUGGUUCAGAGAAUCCGGAGAAAUUACCGCACGUAACAUUACUGCAUCAAAAAGCGACAUCAGUGUGUAAAGGAUAUCACCACAUGGGCUCAGGAACACUCCAGAAAACCACUGUCAGUAACUAUAGUUUGUCGCUACAUCUAUAAGUGCAAGUUAAAUCUCUAUUAUGCAGAGCCAAAGCCAUUUAUCAACAACACCCAGAAACGCCGCCGGCUUCGCUGGGCUCGAGCUCAUCUAAAAUAGACUGAUACAAAGUGUAAGAAUGUCCUGUGGUCUGACGAGUCCACAUUUCGAAUUUUUUAGAGAAACUGCGGACGUCGUGUCCUCGGGAACAAAGAGGAAAAGAACCAUUCGGAUUGUUUUAAGCGCAAAGUUGAAAAGCCAGCAUCUGUGGUGGUAUGGGGGUGCAUUAGUGCCCAAGGCAUGUGUAACUUACACAUCUGUGAAGGCACCAUUAAUGCUGAAAGGUACAUAUAGUUUUCGGCGCCAUCCAAGCAACGUUAUCAUGGACGCCCCUGCUUAUUUCAGCAAAACGAUGCCAAGAGUGCGGGUACUAGUCUGGCCUGCCUGUAUAUCUUGUCUUUGCUGUCCAUUCAAUUGAAUAUAAGUUGAGAAGAAUUUGCAAAUCGUUGUAUUCUGUUUUUAUUUACCACAAACUUCACCGGUUUGUAUGUUUUGUAUUUGUCAUUGCAAAGCGUGGUUAUUUUCUGGUAAAUUAAAACCCAAAAUAAAAAGAGAAGGAUUGUGAAUUUA